AAAAACAAACACCGCAUCUUUAACUUCCCCAAGAUGAAUAUAUACUGUUUGUUCUUGUUGAUUUCAUCCCCAAAAUCCCAAUUGAUUCUACUUCUCAUCUCGUUUCUUUUUGUCGCAAAAGUUUCUGUUUCAAUUUCAUCACCAAAAUUGAUUUCAUCCCCAAAAUCCCAAUUGAUUCUACUUCUCAGCCUCAUUGAAGGAAACGUGAUUCUAGUCUUCAUCUCGACAAAACGCUCUUCCUUCCUUUUUCCGAUUCUAUUCUCGCAAGAUAAAGCUUCAAGACAUGAUUGAAAACAAUGGGCAGCCUUCUUCAGAAGCCUUUCAAAGUAUAGUUGGCAAAGAAAAACCUGGGAGAAUGCGUUGCCACGGAAGAACCACAACCCUCACGCUCUUGAAAAGAAAUGAAGAAAUUGAAAAACUUAAAAGAGAGCAUGCUGAUGAGGUUGAACAGUUAAAACAAGAGAUGGAGGAGAAACGUCGUCAGGAUAAAGAAGCAAUGGAAACAAAAAUUCAACACGAAAAGGAAGCAACGGAAAGAAAACUUCAGAUUCUUCUUAAAGCCAUUGUGAACCAAAACACCGCAAACUUGGAUGUGGAGGCUCUGCAAGCUUUGAUAUCAGCUCCUAUAACUGAUGCUCCUAAUGAUAAUGAAAAGAUAAAUAAUGAUGAUAUCGAAGAAGAAAUGAAAGAUCAUGAAGAAGAAGAAGAAGAAGAGAGCUAGAUGUUUAUGUUUUUUUAAUAGGAUAUACAUUUUGAAGAUGUUAGUUUGAUGGUGAAUGCACAUAAUUGUGAUAUACAUUUCAUGUUAGUUUGAUAUAUGGUGAAUGCACAUUUGGAUAUACAUUUAAGAUGUUAGUUUCAUUUUGAAGAUGCAUGGUCUAUUUCAUUUUGAAGAUGUUAGUUUGAUUGUGAAUGAUUGACAAUAUUAGGACAACGUUAUGUUGAUCGAUGUUAUUAUUUUGAUAUAUAUGAAUGAUAAUCAUUUUAGUUUAA